AUGGCCUUCUCGUCUUCCGCGGCGCCGCUGCCGCCGCCGCCGCUGCUGCUGCUGCUGGCCGUCGCUGGAGCCGGCUCGCUGGAGGUGCAGGCGGAGGCCCACGUCCGGGCCUUCGUGGGCGAGGCCGUGGUGCUGCGCUGCUGGUUCCGCACCUCCGCCCCGGUCACCGAGAAGCUGACCGUCGACUGGACGUACCGGCCCCUGGCGGGAGGGGCGCUGGAGCCGAUCUUCCACUACCAGUUGGAUGCCUACCCCGCCCGGGAGGGUACCUUCCGCAACAGAGUCUCCUGGGCCGGGGAUGUGGCCAAGCAUGAUGCUUCCAUUGCCAUCACCGACCCGACAAUGGAGGACAAUGGGACCUUCACCUGCUCCGUGAAGAACCCCCCUGACGUGCAGCACAACCUCCCCCAGAUGGUGCUGACCGUCACGCACCGAGGUGCCUCCUUCCAGCUGACACUGGCCGGGCUGCUCUCCGUGCUGGUCUUCCUCCCGUCGGCCAUGGUGGUGGUGCUGCUGCUGGUCAGGAUGGGCAGGAAGUCCGGGGUGCUCAACAGCGGGAAGAAGUUCGCCUACCAGAAGUCCUCCAUCGAAGUUAUUGAUGAACCUGAGCGACCGGGCUGUGUGGCGAGGCUGGCUGGCAGGUGUCUGCAGUGCCUGGACAUAGAUGAGGAAGACCCUUACUGA